AUGGCUGCCAAAUUCCUCCUAAUAAUCUCUAUUUUAUCCCUCUUCCUCAUCCUACUCACCUUCGCGAACCCCAGCGCCGACGCCGAGCUCGCCGGACAAAAUGCAGGCGUCGGCAUUUUGAACGAAACCCUGGAAUGGGGGUUCGACGCUCAGUACCACCUCGACCCGGAGACAAUCGAGCAGGAGGAAGGCGAAGACGAGGACGGGCUGCCGCGUAGAUCUCUCUACUGGAAGUGGCCGGGUCGGAGGAGGUACUACAUUUCGUACGGGGCGCUCUCUGCGAAUCGGGUCCCCUGCCCUGCCCGAUCCGGCAGAUCGUACUACACGCACAACUGUUUCCGGGCCCACGGGCCGGUGAACCCUUACACCAGGAGCUGCUCAGCCAUUACACGAUGCAGGAGAUGA